AUGAAGCUACGACUCCAGCAGGUUCAGCAGGCCCAACAGGACGAAAGCCGGUCCAAGGGUAACCUGGAGGGAGAAGGGGAUAGCCACAGGAGAGGUACCCCCCAAAGGCCAGCUACCCCGGACGAACAGAACUCAGAUCUUCUUCGAGAAAUGAGGAAAGAGAUGGACGAACUAAGGAGCGCCAUCAAAGAAAAGACGGAUCGGAGUGCAGACAAAAUGGUAAGGGCUACGGAUUCACCCUUCACCACAGCGGUACUUGAAUGCCCCGUACCGUCAAAGUUCCGUUUACCUCAACUAGAGCCAUUCGACGGACUCAAGGACCCUCAGGAUCAUCUUAAUACCUUUAAGACGACUCUGGGUCUUCAACAACCACCUGACGAGAUACUAUGUCGUUCCUUCCCAACCACUCUCAAAGGAGCUGCAAGAGAAUGGUUCACGAAGUUGCAAACCUCAUCCAUAGACAACUUCGAUCAAUUAAGCAGUGCCUUCUUACGCCAUUUCAUAGGGGGGCAACGUCCAAAAAGGCCGGUAGACUACUUACUUACCGUAAAGCAGGGAGAGAAGGAAACUCUGAGGUCAUAUGUCAAACGAUUCACCCGGGAGACUUUGGAGGUGGACGAAGCCGAUGACAAGGUGCAACUGAUGACCUUCAAAGCAGGGCUGAGGUCCAGAGAUCUUGUGGCCUCCCUUGCUAAGAAUCCACCAAAGACGAUGGCAGAAAUGCUCCUGAAGGCAUAG